AUGUUGCGCUCAUCACUGCGUCUCGGCGCACGGCCUAGCCUGCAUCGGCCUUUGACUCGUUCUUUGAAGCCGGCAACCCUCUCGCGUAACUCGCUGAGAGCUGCUUCAACCGUCACAGACUUGGACAACUUCCCCCGGGUGGGAGAGAAGCUUCAUGGAUUCACCCUGCACGAAAAGAAACAUGUUCCGGAGCUUCAUUUGACAGCCGUCUGGUUGAAGCACGACAAGACUGAUGCAGACUACAUGCACGUCGCCCGAGACGAUAAGAACAAUGUAUUUGGAAUUGGGUUCAAGACCAACCCGCCGGAUGCCACUGGUGUGCCUCAUAUUCUUGAGCAUACUACGUUAUGUGGCAGUGAGAAAUUCCCCAUCCGCGACCCGUUCUUCAAGAUGCUUCCGCGCUCCUUAUCGAAUUUCAUGAACGCUUUCACGGCCUCCGAUCAUACGACAUACCCUUUCGCCACGACCAACCAGCAGGACUUUUCCAACCUUUUGUCAGUCUAUCUCGAUGCUACACUGCACCCACUUCUGAAGGAAUCCGACUUCCGGCAAGAAGGAUGGCGCUUGGGUCCAGAAGACCCACGCGCUGCGGAGCCGGUCGAGGGACAGCCCGAGAAGCAGCUUUCUUUGGAAGACAUUGUAUUCAAGGGCGUUGUAUACAACGAGAUGAAGGGCCAGAUCUCGGACGCCAAUUACCUGUAUUACAUUCGAUUCAAGGAGAGCAUUUUUCCUUCUCUGAAUAAUUCAGGCGGAGACCCUGAAUAUAUUACCGAUCUCACACACAAGCAGUUGACCGAUUUCUCGAAGCGCAACUACCACCCCAGCAACUCCAAAAUUCUCACAUAUGGUGAUAUGCCUCUGGCCGAGCAUUUGCAGCAGAUUGGAGGCGUGUUGGACGGCUUCCAGAAGGGGCAGGCCGACACCGAUAUCAAGAAACCUCUGGACCUUUCCAAGGGCCCAUUGAACGUGACUGUUCCUGGGCCCAUUGAUACCUUCGCCGGCGAGGAUAAGCAACACAAGACCUCGACCUCUUGGUACAUGGGAGACACAACUGACAUUGUGGAAACUUUCUCGGUUGGAAUUGUCUCCUCGCUGCUCCUUGACGGUUACGGAUCCCCCAUGUACCGCGCGCUGGUUGAGAGUGGACUUGGAUCCUCUUUCACACCAAACACCGGUCUCGACCCAUCCGGUCGGACUCCUAUCUUUUCGGUGGGUCUCAAUGGUGUGACUGAAGCGAAUGCCGCAACCAUCAAAGAUGUGAUCCAGAAUGCUCUCCGGGAAUCCGUUUCGGCUGGAUUCAGCGAGGAAAAGGUUCAGGGCUUCCUCCACCAAUUGGAACUCGCCCUCCGUCACAAGACUGCCAACUUUGGUAUCGGUGUGAUGGAGAAGACAAUUUCUACCUGGCUCAAUGGCUCGAACCCCAUGAAAGAGUUGGCCUGGAAUGAUGUCAUCGACGAGUUCAAGGCUAGAUACGCACAGCCUCGGUAUCUGGAGUCUUUGGUGGAGAAAUAUCUCAUCAAUGACCAGUGCAUGACCUUCACUAUGGUCGGCACCCCGACUUUCAGCAAGGAGCUGGACGACAAGGAGGUGGUGCGCAAGGACACGAAGCUUGCUCAGCUCAUUGAACAGCACGGCUCCGUUGAAAAGGCAAUCGCCAAGCUCGGAGAUGAAGAGCUGGAGCUUCUUAAGAUCCAAGAGGAUGCCCACAAUGCCGAUCUUAGCUGUCUCCCAUCUCUGAGAGUGAAAGACAUCUCCAGAGAGAAGGAGCGGAAGCCUGUUAGAGAGUCUAAGGUCGAUGGCACUGAUGUCGUCUGGCGUGAAGCUCCCACUAAUGGCCUGACCUACUUCCAAGCUUUGAACGACUUUGUUGAUCUUCCUAAUGAUCUCAGACUUCUCAUGCCUCUCUUCAACGACUGCGUGAUGCGACUCGGAACCGCAAACCGCUCAAUGGAGCAGUGGGAAGAUCUGAUCAAACUUAAGACCGGUGGUAUCUCGACGUCCUCUUUCCUCGUGUCGUCUCCCACGCACCUAAAUCAGUUCAAGGAGGGUAUGCAGUUUUCUGGAUUUGCAAUCGAUGAGAACAUCCCCGAGAUGCUGGAAAUGCUCUCGGUUCUUGUUCAAGAGACCGAUUUCGCCAGCCCUGCUGCGCCCGCCAUGAUCCAAGAACUGCUACGCAUGACUACCAAUGGGGCCUUGGAUGCCAUUGCAGGAACUGGACACCGCUUUGCUGUCAACGCUGCGGCUGCCAGUCUCUCUCCCAGUCUUUGGGUCCAGGAACAGCAGUCUGGUCUAGACCAGCUGCAGGCUACAGCUAACCUGCUCCGUGAUGCCGAGUCAUCCCCCGAACGCCUUCAGGAGCUCAUCGAAAAGCUCCGCUUGAUCCAAUCAUUUGCGAUCUCUUCGUCUAACCUGCGCGUGCGCAUGGUCUGCGAGCCGGAGAGCGCUAGCCGCAACGAGUCUACUUUGCAGAAGUGGAUCUCUGGACUGCCGAAAACUCAAUCUCCUGCCUCCAGCUUGUCCACUUCCGCCUUUAAAUCGGCUAGCAAGGCCUUCUAUGACAUGCCAUACAAGGUCUACUACUCUGGACAAGCCGCCCAGACUGUGCCAUUCGUCGACCCAUCCAGUGCUUCUCUUAGCGUCUUGUCGCAACUCCUUACCCACAACUAUCUUCACCCCGAGAUUCGGGAGAAGGGAGGCGCCUACGGCGCUGGGGCCAGCAGCGGGCCCCUCAAGGGUCUCUUCACCUUCAUGAGUUACCGGGACCCGAACCCUCUGAACUCGAUGAAGGUCUUCAGCAACAGUGGUAUCUUCGCUCGAGACCGUGCCUGGUCUGAGCGUGAAAUUGAAGAAGCCAAGCUCGGUAUCUUCCAAGGUCUUGAUGCUCCUGUCAGCGUUGAUGAUGAAGGUGCUCGCUACUUCAUGAGCGGUGUCACCCAUGAAAUGGAUCAGCGCUGGAGAGAGCAAGUCCUAGAUGUCACUGCCAAGGACGUGAACGCCGCCGCCGAUAACUUCCUGGUGAAUGCUUCUCGGAAGACAACUUGCGUUCUGGGCGAGAAGAAAGAUUGGACUGAAUCUGAAUGGGAAGUGCGCAAGCUCUCCAUGGAUCCUGCCGUGUAA